AUUUUUUGGGGUGUGAGACAAUUCAACAAAGAACCAGCAUAAUACAUGUGACAAUACAUGACAUAAGCAAUUGAUAAUGUAGGAAACAGCAGACUAUUGUACAUACUCAUUUGCGUGAAUGUGUCAAAGCGUUUGGAAUUUGUUCAAAACAAUGGGGAAUUGCUUUUAUGUUGUGCACAAGUAACUAGAUGCUGUGGACGCUGAACAAUUAGUUUUGAGAAUUUCAAUUCUGCUCUGAGAAAUGUACCAAAGCGACAGAGAAAAAAUAUUUAACUUAUAUGUUAUAAUUUGUCCAAGGCGUUUGUUGCAUGUUUAACCUCUUUCUCCAUGUAUUUCUUGCAUUUUUCUCCACUGUUGGCUGUGAUGAAACAAAAUGAAAUUAAAACAAUCUUUAAAGAAUGUCUGACAUUGCUGAGAGGGAGGACUAUAGUGUUUAUUUAUAGGGAAACAUUACCCAAGAGUCUCUGCAUACUUCACAGAUCAAAAAUAAACAUCAGACUAGUGUCGGUGCUUAGUUGUAUGCAUAUAUACACACGCAAAGGCAGAUUCCCACUCAUCUAUUAAAAUGAAAAAUCUUGAUAUAACAAAAACAGAAUUAAAGUUAAUAGCUGCCAGGUAUAAGUCAGGUGAAUGCUAUACUCCACCAACAUUGACAAAAUACACUGGAUUCCUAACUCAGACUAUUAAAUCUCUGCAUGUUCAUGUUGCAUGGAGGGAAGACAGAUGAUUGAGAUGUUUUGAGGCCACUUCAGACCCGGACCACCCACACAGAUCCAGGCCUGAUCUGUCUCCUAGAGAUGUGCUUUGUGGAGUCACUGUAACAGUGCAAUGAGCUAUUGCACAGAGAUCAAUGAAGAGGAAACUUUACAUUUGGAAGACACAUAUUUAGCAUUUUUAAUAUGACCAUUCAAUUGGUUCUUUUUACAUUGAGGUAAUAUUUGCCUUCAGUUGUCCUGGAACAGGCUGUGAUCACCAUAGUCCAUCUUAGCCCAGGCCAGUAUAGGCUCCUCUCCAUCUCUAUGUGGUCUUGUAUACUGUAAUUUGCCCAGAAUGAAAGCAUAGCUGUACGCCUUUUCAUUACAGCACGCUGUGCACAUGCCACACCAACAAAAGAUGAAUCAGUCAGUGGGAAGCUACAACUCAAGGAAUUUUCUCAACUCUGCUUGAUGGGUCAUAUAUUUUGCCUUUGUGAAUUUUAAAUGUUUUCAUCUAAUGAUACCAGACCAUUCUCCAUAGGUGUUUUCAUCUCUGUCAACACCAAAGAAGAAAACAGUACAGAGGUUUGAGAGUGCAGUUAUAAUGUGGUGUUUUUUUGUUGCCACAGACUGAUUCUCCACUUAUUACGUAUUCUACAACCUCUGUCUUGUACUCAACAUCUCCACAGUACUUUUUUGGCAGUACAAAUUGUGCCUGACACAACAUCAAAAAAGUUCAAUCGGGUUGAGGUCAAGACUCUGACUGGGCCACUCCAGAAGGCGUAUUUUCUUCUGUUUAAGCCAUUCUGUUGUUGAUUUACUUCUCUGCUUUGGGCCAUUGUCCUGUUGCAUCACCCAUCUUCUGUUGAGCUUCAAUUAGCGGACAGAUUUCUUGAAUACAUUUUUUCGUCAAUGAUAGCAACCCUGAGGCAGUGAAGCAACCCCAAACCAUGAUUCCUCCUCCACCAUACUUCACAGUUGGGAUGAGGUUUUGAUGUUGGUGUUCUGUGCCUUUUUUCCUCCACUUGGAGGGUUGUGUGUUCCUUCCAAACAACUCAACUUUGGUUUCAUCUCUCCGCAGAAUAUUUAGCCAGUAGUGCUGUGGAACAUCCAGGUGCUCUUUUGCAAACAUCAGACAUACAACAAUGUUUUUUUUGGACAGGAGUGGCUUCUUCUGUGUUGUCCUCCCAUGAACGUUAUUCUUGUUCACUGUUUUACGUAUCAUAGAGUUGUCAACAGAGAUGUUAGCCAGGAUGGCCACUCCUAGGGAGAGUAGCAACAUUGCUAAACUUUGAUGAACAUCAAGGCUUUUAGAGAUAUUUUUGUAACCCUUCCCAUGCAAGUCAGCGAUUCUUAGGUCUUCUGAGAACUCUUUUGUUCCAGGCAUGUUUCACAUCAGGCAAUGCUUCAUGAGAAUAACAAAAUUAAAAUGAGUGGAUUAGUGAUUGGACUCAAGGUUGGCUUACUCCUGACUCCAGUUAGCUUUUGGAGAAAUCAUUAGCCUAGGGGUUCACAUACUUUUUCCACCCUGAAUGUUUACACACAAUAAAAACAUAUAAUUGUUUGUGUUUAAGCAGACUGUGUUUGUCUAUUGUUGUGACUUAGAUGAAGAUCAGAUCACAUUUUAUGACCAACCAGAAAUUUAGGUAACUCCAAAGGGUUCACAUACUUUUUUCCUGCCACUGCAUGUACCAUAUAAAAGAGGUAAAACAUGAGUAUUGUCUUAUUCUUUUCAUUAUUUCCUGCAUUUCUUUUAAAUACAGGAGAACAUUCUGUAUUUAUACAUGAUUUUCAGUUUGUUAUUAUUAUUAUUUAUUAAUAUCUAGGAUGAUUUAUGAUUUAUACCUUUGGUUUGUCACAGUCUUCGUCUGUUUGACUGUUUGCAAAAUGCCUGAAAUAAAAAGCUUUAGAGACCUACAUGGUGUAACAUGUCUGGUGAAGGUUAGAGGAGCCAAAUGGGGCGAGACCCUGAAUGAUUCAGAGGCCCAGAGCUAGCCAGGAACACUGAAACAUGCCAGGAACUGUAGAUAUUUAUUGUUUCAGGGACCCGAGUGAGCUGUUGUCAGGGGGCUCAGGAUUUGUAGCAGCGUAACUGAAGUCAAAGGUGAUUCUACGGUAAGAUUCACUUUAACUACAGUAACAUGCCGUUGCUGGGACUGUUAGACAGACACAUUUACACACUAUAAUAUACAAUACAUCCAGGACAUAAGACUGAGUAAUGUUCAUGUCAGUUGUAAUCCAAUAUAUAGUUAAUUUUCUUAGACAAAGGCUUAACAAAAAGAUCUUAUGAUCCACACCCAUCUGCUGCUGAAAAACAACACAUCACAGUUUAUUCCGUCCAUCAUUGUUAGAAAUGCACUUUGAUCUGAUCACUACUAGAAGUUUCUGAGCAGGCUAAUACAGGCAUUCUCUCUCCUGUGUUAAAUUUAUAUCCCUUACACAAGAAUGUGUCUUAUGAUGUGAUAUUUCAAAGUAUAUUCCUUCCCCCCAAAACCUUAAUUAUAUCACUUCCCAAGCAAAUAAAAAUAUCAAAUAGCUGAGCUUCAAUUCAGCCUUUAAACCAAUAUAAAACAGAAUAGAUUAAAUAAAGCAGAGAAUGGCAGAUCAAAACAAAAUACACAGAUGAGAAAUACAACGUCAUAUAGUUCAAUGGCAAAUAUAAAAAAUGGAUGAAUGUAAUAGUAUACAAGAAAGACAAAAUAAAUUAUUCAAUUAAGUUAAAUAUAAAUUCAAAAUAUCGCAGUAGAGAUGUAAAGUUAUAGGCCUUUUUCACAGCAAAAAUUUUGACUUCUUAUGGUGGGAAAAUCACAGGUGUAGCAUAACGAUGUUUUCGUUCUAUUGAUUUAUUCAUUCAUAUUUUAUUAUUUACACCUGUGCUUUUCCCACUGCAACUACUGUAUACUGUAGUGGAUUGCAUUUCAUUGUGCACCUUGUCCGUCUCUUUUACUGCAGGUGUGUCAACCAAUUGAAACCUUUGCACGACAACAUUCAGUGCGUCUCUGACACUGUCUUGUCCUCUCAGCACUGAACCACUAACAAUUACUGUAAAGAACCCGCUGUGUGUCCUCCCAGCAGUCAGAGGUGACCAGGUCAGUGAACGCCUCACUGCAGUAACUCUGGGCUUCCUGCCAGUUCAAAGACAUUUACACCAAGUAGCACUCAAUAGGGAACGCAGGUGACAAAGCACAGUCUACUGUCUCUGGGUUGAUGCUGGGUGAGCGACUAAUUUGACAGGGUUUACUAUACUUAGUGUAAGGAUUCAUAGAGACUGUUUUCAGCUGCACCUGGAGGAUGAGGCAGCCUCUCUGGUUGCCAGUGGACCUUGAAAAGCUUCCAACAAUAAAUGUGGUUACAUGACUUCUCCACAAUCAUUUAAAUGUGGAGUAACCUUUACUCCAACAUAGAUUUCUCCAGACAAGGCCUUCGCUAAAAUGUUUAUGUUGCUUAUCUUUUCCAGGAUGCAACAUUAUUCCAAAGGGGAUAUUUUUUCAAGUCAAAAUAUAACUACAUGUAGGGGUAUAGAAAGCAGUGUUAGUCAAUGAGGGGCAACAUAAAAUAUGUUUUAUUAUUCCAUAUUUUAAUCUGGUCCACCUAAACUUUUGUGUAUAUAUUCUCAACACGUGGGAAUAUUUAACUGCUGCCUGAAGUAAUUUCCCAAUGUAGGAGUGCGGAAAAUCACAACAGAUGUAGGGCAAGUCUUUUGGGAUUCUCAUCUAAAAAGUAUUUAUGCUUAAACAACAGUUAAAAAUAAUAUUCUGUAUUUGUAUGUCAGUGUUAAUAUCUUAUCCCAUAUUUUUUGUUUGCCUUGUUGCUGCUGUUGUUUUUUUUAUUCUGUUAAUUUUCUUACUUGCCAAAUUUAAAAGAAAAUGGGAAACCGACAGACUACAGGUUGAAAAACUGGUUGGUUUCACAUAAGUUAGCGACAUUUUUGUGCACUGAAGUGGUUGAAUAAGAAAGAAACAAGAAAUUUGUGUUUAUCUCAUCAACUGGUGAUGUUUUUACCCACCAGGGGAGGCUACAUUCAUAAUGCCAGUGUUACAUUUUCUUUUAUUUGUAACUAAUACCUUGUUUGUUUGUUUGUUUGUUUGUUUGUUUGACAAAAUGCUUAACCUACAAUGAAAUUGCUAAUAGUUUCAACUCAUUUUAUUUACUCCUAAAGCACUUACAGUUUUUCUCAGUCGCAUUGUCAGAGUUGAAAUUCUCAAAACUACCUGUUCAGCCCAAUAUAAAAGCAGUUUCUCAUUCUUUUGAAAAAAUUGCAGAUGCUGUUUCCUACAUUAUCAAGUGCUUAUGAUCACAAUGUAUUAUACUAGUUCUCUGAUGAAUAAUCUCCCCAAAACAUCAACUUCAUUGCACAAGUCACAAAAUGCAAAAUGGGUGGAAAUGUUGUCAUAAUCUGUCAUGCAUGUUUUUUUAAAAUGUCUAUUAUGCUUUUUUUUGUGUAAAUGUGUCCGGAAUUUAUGAAGACAUCCAUUGUGACGUGGAUGAGAAUCUGUGGCACAACAGACAGGAAGGUCAGCCUAAGGGGUGUUACAUGUUACAGUUCCCAAUCGCUUUGGCACAAUCAUCAAAUGACUAUUAAACUUUGUCAAACUAUAUGAACAUUAGGUCAGUUGUUCAAAUGACUAUAGUUAUUUAUAACUGCUUUGGCACAAAAUGCACUGAGUAAGCCUUGCAGAUCAAAAUACUUUGCAUGUGUUUGCUGUUGAAUUAUAUUUCUCCCAAAUGCAAUUAUACACAUGUUCAUUGGUUAAAUCUCUACAUGCUAAAUAGAGUGACCAAAAAUCAUAAUAACCUGUCACGCAUAUAUUAGAUACAUAAUAGUUAAGGGGUAUUGUUUUAAAAGUUGUCAGAUGGAUAGGCUGAAACAGUUCAAUUUCCUCACAAUUUAGAGCAACCAAACACAGCUGCUAUCCAAUUUAGCUGACAGGUAAAACUCAUAACUGAUCAGUUCUCAAACACAUUUAGACUGCAAGGGUAAGACUGAAUAUUACAGCUCUGUGUGUGACUAUGGAGCAUGCAGGAGACAGACAGGGGCAAGAGUCUGCCCGUGCAAGAGGAAGGGGCGUUAGAGUGCAGGGUGAUAUGGUGAGGGGGAAAGGAAGACGGAGAGGGGACACAGAGGACGAGGAAGAUCCAGAGAAAGGCAAAGACACGGAGAAAUCUCAAAUGAGAUACAUGCAACACUUACAGACCAUGUAAUCAACCAUGGCCUAAGUAUGAUAGAGGUUAGUUGGAGAGUGCAGCCUAAUAUUAUAAAACAGUGGUCUUUUUCUUUUCUGCGUCACAAUUACAUGGUCUGUCAACAAAUUACAGUACAACCAGUAAAAGUGUACCUGUGAAUCCUGUCCAAUCUCUUGCAAUGUAUAAACUUUGUAGGCUACUGUUGAAAAUGAUAUAUGCCAUACAUUCAAUGUAAGUUCUUAUAGUUUCUUAUAGCUGCUUACACACAAAAUAUUUACAUGUCACACGAUUUUUGAAAGCUCUUACUCAAAGAGCAAAACUACACACCAAAUCUCCAAAACCAUAUGCUUUUUCUCAGCCUUUCACUCAGUUUUCAACUGCAUAAAACGCUGUACAGAAUUCUCUACCUAAGACACAAAAAUCUAACAGGAAGUGACUUGCUUUCCUUUUCCAAACACAACCAAUCAAAAUGCUACACUUAUUUACCAGGUCACACAAAUACUCUUCAUAUGUGUAAACACUAAUUUCUCAAAUGAUCUCUAACCAAUCACUGCUUUAGUGUAGGCCUAGUAAAUAUGUCAAAGGUCAGAUGUACCUGUUUUGAACAUUGGAUGCCAACAAUGGACAGAGAGCAAAGGAAGGCAGAGGCUGACAAUGAGGACAAGUUCAAGGAGGACAAGUUGGGAGGAGGAGGAGGAGGAGGUCAAAGACGAGAAGGAAGGAUCAGGGCCACACUUGUUGAUCAUGUAACGAACCACGAGUUGAACUUGACCAUGACAACUUGAGUUGCUUUAUAGUGGCUUCCAUAACUCAAACCUUCAGAAAUGAGAACUGUGCUAUUGUUACAAUAUUAAUUGCCAAAUAAAUAUUUUCUGUUUCAACAUUGCAUUGGUGUUUACAGUGUACUUUUCAACCCCUCUCGGCAGAUUACUUUCACUGUAGAUCAUUUUAUGGAAAUGUAAUGUUACACAUAACACUAUGAAAGACAAAAGAGCUUCAGAUUUAGAACAACAGUAAGUUAAGUACAUGGCAUUUCCAAAAAAUUACUAUUAUGAAAAAAGUGUUUGUCAUGCUUCAGUUUGAGAUGUAUUUUGUUUGUGGCAUCUUGAAUGCAGUGUUUUCUUUGAAAGGAGAUAUGAGGCAUUUUGCAUUUUGUGUGUGCAAUUUUAGGAAUUGUGUGUAGAGCUUUAAAAAAGUAAACAGUUUUGAAAACGUAUGUAAGCAGUUGCAAAAAAAAACUGUAAUAAUAACAGUAAUAGUAACGAUGCUUAUUAUUUCCACUAGGAGCCGCUGGCCCGUGGCUAAGCUCGCAGUGAGCUAACAGAGCUGGUUUAUUCAUUUGUAGAGAUCCGGGAUGCUCCGACGCUGCCGGAGAUGCCCCAGAAAAGAGCCUGGCAGUUACCUUUGUAGAUGAAAGACCCUGGAAACAAAAAAGUUCUUGGAUACGCUUUACGAUGAGCAGGAGUAGACGAUAAGUUGUUUUUGGACAUUUUGGACGAGGAGGCUGCUCGGCUGUAAAGCUCACAAGUUAGACAGCUAUCGCAACGCCGACGUUUGCUAACGUUAGCGGCGCAAUAGCGUUAGCCUAAGUUAGCUGCUAGGUAAAUAUUACGACUGCUUUUCGGAGCUUCCCGCAUUUAGGUCCGCGUUGUUGACUUAAUAACUCUGCCGUUAGUAAUCAUUUUGUACCAUCGUUUUAUUAAAUAUAAUAGCACGCUUCGCUCCUACGAGAUGUGUGGGGUUUUGUUACGUUGCACACAAAGCUAACUGGCUAUAGUUAGCCUGUUCGUAUGCUAGCUGACAUUAGCUAACGUUGCCGAGCCAGCCAGCAACUUCGGCAGGAGAGUUUCGGCGAGCUAACCACGACAGUAUUGUCGCUCACAAUCAACUUCUGCCGUUAAAAGCAGUCAGCCUGCAGUCAUGUUUGAAAUGGAGACACAUAUAUCGUGCCUUUUCCCGGAGAUCCUGGCCAUUAUUUUCAGUUAUCUGGACGUUAAAGACAAAGGAAGAGUAGCCCAAGUGUGCGCGGCCUGGAGAGACGCGUCCUACCACAAGUCGGUGUGGAGGGGGGUGGAAGCCAAGCUCCAUCUGCGGCGAGCCAACCCGUCUCUGUUCCCCAGCCUGCAGACUAGGGGGAUCAAAAAAGUUCAGAUUCUCAGCCUGAGGCGAAGUCUCAGCUACGUGAUUCAAGGGAUGCCACACAUCGAAAGCCUUAACCUGUGUGGGUGUUUCAACCUCACAGACAACGGACUGGGACAUGCUUUUGUGCAGGACAUCCCAUCCCUGCGGGUGCUGAACCUCAGCCUUUGUAAACAGAUCACGGACUCCAGCCUUGGCAGGAUUGCCCAGUACCUCAAAAACCUGGAGGUGCUUGAACUUGGUGGAUGCAGCAAUAUCACAAACACAGGCCUGUUGCUCAUUGCCUGGGGCUUGCACAGACUCAAGAGCCUUAACCUGCGCAGCUGCAGGCAUGUAUCCGAUGUGGGCAUCGGUCACCUGUCAGGCAUGACCCGCAGCGCUGCAGAGGGCUGCCUCUCCCUGGAGAAGUUAACCUUGCAGGACUGCCAGAAGCUGACUGACCUUUCCCUCAAACAUGUCUCUAAGGGCCUUAACAAGCUCAGAGUGCUCAACCUCAGCUUCUGUGGGGGGAUAUCGGAUGCAGGGAUGAUCCACUUGUCACACAUGACCCACCUGUGCAGCCUGAACCUGCGGUCGUGUGAUAACAUCAGUGACACAGGGAUAAUGCAUCUGGCCAUGGGCUCCCUCCGGUUGUCUGGUCUUGACGUGUCCUUCUGUGACAAGAUUGGAGACCAGAGCCUGGCUUACAUCGCCCAAGGGCUUUAUCAACUCAAGUCCCUCUCUCUUUGUUCCUGCCACAUCAGUGAUGAUGGCAUUAACAGGAUGGUGCGCCAGAUGCACGAACUCAAGACACUCAACAUUGGACAGUGUGUGAGGAUCACAGACAAAGGGUUGGAGUUGAUAGCCGACCACCUGACCCAGCUGACUGGGAUUGAUCUAUAUGGUUGUACUAAGAUCACCAAGAGGGGUCUGGAGAGGAUAACGCAGCUCCCGUGCCUUAAAGUGUUAAACUUGGGACUGUGGCAGAUGACUGAGAGUGAGAGAGUGAGGUGAAACCUCUCCUUUUUAGUAUACACGUGUUUCAUUGUGUAUAGAGCUCAGUUGUGUACUGAGACGGGCUGCCUGUAUCCAUUCUCAAUUUUACCAUCUAUGCUGUGAUGAAAAAUUAGGAGAGACUCUGCAUUGAUCACUGGAAUAUUGUUCACCUCCGCUGCAAUACUCCACUCUUAUGUUUUCAGUCUUGUUGUCUUGAUGUGCAUUGUUUAAUCUCAGCCUGUGUACAGUUCUUACUAUCUAGCUACCUCACCCAUCAAACACAGGAGUGCCUACUAUCGCUGAAUACUAGAUUACAUUGCAUAUUUUUGUGACUCGCAUACCAAUGCAGAUUUUGAUGUUUUUAAAAAAUCUCACUGCAGAAUACUAGCUAGGCAUUUUAACUCUUAACAGAAAGGCUGGUGUACCUUGGAUUGAAGUUUUGAUAGAAUGCUUUUUUGGCUGAUGUAUUUUUACUUAUGUAACCAAUAUAUUUUUUUUGUAUUGAAUGGCUGUUGACAAAAUUGUACUUCAAAUUGAAGUGGGUGGAUCACUCCUGUCUGUCUUUGUUUACCUGUGUAGUUGGCUAUGUUUCAUAUUCCUGAGGAAAUAAGUAUGUAUCAGAUGUUCCAGUAUCCUACUUUUGUCAAAGGAUCAUCAAUACAACUACAGUACAGCGUAGUAAUUAACAGCUGCCAAGGCUAUAUGCAAUACCUUUUAAAACUGUUUAUCAGCGUUUUUUUUUUUCUCCUGGGGAGCUUCCAGCGAUAGCGACAGAGUAUUUGUUUAAAAAAAGCAGUAAUUUAAGAUCGUUUUAUAUUCAUACAGUAGUGAUAUUUAUGAAUAAAGAUGGCAAAUAUGUUUCA